CCAGUCCUCCGUGUUUUGCUAGCUUCGUACCAAUCAGCCAUUUAGCUCCUGUGCUGUUUGUCUCGUGCAGUCUGGCUAUCUUUAAAUCGGAAUAACGCUGUUUUGGGUAGACAUCAGGACUAUCACGACCACUAAUGGGACACCCAGGAUUAGUCCCCUGUCCCCCCUGGGUGGAGUAUUGAACCGCAGGAUGAGGCAGUGUGUCGCGGCGGUGCAGUCGAGCGCAGGACGGGGGGCCGUGUGAUGGCUGCGGUCCAGUGAGCCGGGAGCACGUUGACUGUUCCGCCUGCUGGGUGCUUGUCUCUUCGCACUUUUUCCUGGCUCGGUUAGGAUUUAUGGAGUGCACAUGAACGGCGUGUGGAUUUGGAUUAUAAACGGGGAGGCCAUGCGGGCAGCAGGGAGGCGGCGUCGGGUCCAUCCCUGAGGAGGCGUCCUGCGGCUGGGAGGAGCGCCCUCCGGCGGCGGCCCCCCACCCCCCUGCAGCGCUCCGGGGACGCCCCUACUAAGAUGUCCCUCAGCGGCGGCCCUGCAGGCGGGAAAGGUGUGGACUCCAACGCGGUGGACACGUACGACAGCGGCGAUGAGUGGGACAUCGGUGUUGGCAAUCUGAUCAUUGACCUGGACGCCGACUUGGAGAAAGACAAACUGGAGAUGUCAAGCAGCAAGGAGGGCGGGGGCAUGGCCGCUCCCCCCAGUGCCGUGGCCGCUUUGCCCGACAAUAUCAAGUUUGUGAGUCCCGUGAGUGGCGGGAAGGACAGCAAAUCCAAAUCCAAACGUACUAAGAACUCCAAAGAAGGCGUUAAGACUGCUGUGGUGGACACCGUCAAGAAGGAGGUUCCGGGUCGGUCCCCCGGGGACCCUGCUGCACAAAACCUCAACUCCACCCUGACUAAGGGAAGUGACAAGUCAGGCAAAGCCUCCCGUGUCCUCGCAGGCGUCAAGAAGGACAAAGACAGUGUGUCUGCAAAGACCAAAAAGGACAAAAUGGAGACAAAUGCUGACAAGGAGCCAGGGACCCCGCUCCUACCUCCGGGGGGCCCCCGCGCCAGCCCCUUUGAGGGCCAACAGAACUCUGAGAUGGCUGAGCACAUGGGUCACGUAGCAUUGGACUCUGUGGGGAUUGGCCAGCCUGUCACCAUGACGACAGAGGAAGAGGAAGACGAGGAGGAGGAGGGCAUGGACAAUGGCGAAUGCAAGAAGCUCAAAAAGAUGCUGUGUGCCGACAAGAUGGAUUCCCCCUCUUCCACCCCUGCUCCUCCCCCACUUCACCUCCUUGCCCCUGUGGCCCACAGCGACAUCUCGUCUUCCUGCGAACAGAUCAUGGUGCGCACGCGGUCUGUGGCGGUCAACACAGCGGAUGCUGCGCUGGCCACCGAGCCCGAAUGCCUGGGACCCUGUGAGCCCGGAACCAGUGUCAACCUGGAGGGCAUUGUGUGGCAGGAGACUGAAGAUGGCAUGCUGGUGGUCAACGUGACCUGGAGAAAUAAGACGUAUGUUGGGACUCUGCUGGACUGCACCCGGCAUGACUGGGCCCCACCAAGGUUCUGCGAUUCUCCCACAAGCGAUGUCGAUAUGAGAAGCGGGCGUGGUCGAGGGAAGCGGAUGAGACCCAGCGGCAACGCGCCUGUGAACGACAACAGCACGUCCUCUGACAACAAAGGCAGCAGCAAGACGCGUGGGGCCGCCGCCAGCAGCAAAGGUCGUCGAGGUAGCCAGACGGCAGGUAGCGUGGAGGAUGCCAAGGCCAGCCCCUCCUCUGCCAAGAGGAAGACCAAGCCUGCCUCUGACAUGGAACCCACCUCCAGCUCUGAGGACACCAAGGCGUCCAAGCGCAUGAGAACCAACUCUACUGGCACUGUGGCCCCACUCCAUGGAGGGAAAUCUGACCCCCCAGCUCCGCCCCCACUGGACAGGACCUGCCCUUCCCCCGUGCUCAUCGAUUGCCCUCAUCCCAACUGUAACAAGAAAUAUAAACACAUCAAUGGGCUGAAGUACCACCAGGCACGCGCUCACAACGAGCAUGAUGUCCGAAUGGACCAAGACGCGGACAGUGAAUACGGUGAAGAGCCCGCCCUCCAUCCUGAUCCCGCAUCCUGCAACGGCGCUGCCAUCUCCCCAGCUCGCUCGACUACGCCUAAAGGGCGAGGCUUUGAUGCUCCCUCCCCUUCAUCGGCGAAGCAGACAUCGAAGCAGGGUAAGAAGAAGAUGAGCGAGGCUGAGCCCGAGGGGACGGAUGGUGGCGAGGAGGCGGCGUGUUUGACCGACGAGGCGAGUAACGAUUGCAUGGACGACAGGAAAGCCAAGAAGACAGCGGUGAGCGCCAAAGUUGAUAAAAUGACUCAGAAGGGUGUGAAGCCCAGUCGCCCUGUGGCCCCCACUGGCCCUAGCCCCUCCCCUUACAGCCUGCAGGCAUCAUCCCCCGCCAUGGGCUCUGUUGUACAGUCUGUCCCUAAGAGUCCCCAGAUGAAAAACAUCCAACCUAAACCUCCCUCGCUCGCUGACCCCGCCUCAAGCCCCGCCCUCGCCAAGGACAAGAAGAAAAAGGAUAAGAAGAAGAGGGAGGGCGGUAAGGAGUGCGACAGUCCAAAGGGUGCUGGGAAAGAUACGAGGCCAGAGGAUGUGUACGGCGAAGGGUCUGACGCCUUACUCAACGGCUCCUCUGAAGCUCAGCAGAGCAGACUGGCGAGCAUCAAGGCUGAGGCUGACAAAGUCUACAGUUUCUCGGACAACGCGCCCAGCCCAUCGAUCGGAGGGGCCAGCAGGGUGGAGGGUGCCCCCCCACACCACCUCAACCAAAACGGGGCUGACAGUGCGUCUGUCAAAACCAGCAGCCCCGCCUACUCAGACAUUUCUGAUGCUGGGGAGGAUGGUGAAGGCAAGGUAGACGGGGUAAAGGUCAAGUCGGAGCCCGACCAGGGGCCCCGCGAGGGGGCCAAGAAGGCACUGUUUCCACCUCAAGCGCCCAACAAGGAGUCUCCCUACUACCACAACUAUGACUCGUACUACUCCCCUGGCUACACUAACCCCAGCCCGGCUGCUGCCCCGCCUCAUGUGGAGGGAAGGGUUAAAAAGGAGGAGGAGCCAGACGUGGUGGAGGAGGGUAAAGUGAAGGUGGAGCCCCAAGAGGACAGGAAGGUGGAUCCGGGAGCGCAGCAGCCAUCAGUUAUCCAGCAGCGUUCUAACAUGUACGCCCAGCCCCUCUACUACAACCAGUACUAUGUUCCCCCUUACUCCUACUCCCCUGACCAGGCUUACCACGCCCACCUGCUGGCCUCUAACCCCGCCUACCGCCAGCAGUACGAGGAGAGGCAGCGGUUGGCAGACAAGAAGGCAGAAGGGAAAGACGAGUGGAAGCAGAAGGCAUCUGUCCCACCCACCCUGACUCGAGCCCCCAGCCUCACUGACCUGGCCGCCAAAGGCAAAGCCAAGGAGACGGGGCCAGAGCUGGCCAAGUCUGUCAUCAUGGUGAAGAGUGAGGACCCCAAGACGUCUGUUGCUCAGCCCGAGGGGCUGAAGAUGAAGCUGAGCGAAGCAGGGCAUCAUGGGAAGGACGAGGCCAAAGUGGGAGCAGAGUCUGCUCGGCCAUCAGGCGUGGAAUCUGCCAUGUGGUACAGACAGGAGCCCGACUCGCGCUUGUGGCCUUAUGUGUACCCCAACAAAUACUCUGAGGCCCCUAAAGCCCAGGAGGACGAGCGCUGGAAGGACGAGAGGGAGCGCGACAAGAAGGCCAAGGAGGAGCGUCUGCGUCCCAAAGAGGGGCCGCAUAAAGAGGAGGCCAAGGAGGGGGCGGAGGGGCGGGCACAAGUGCCCCCAGAAGAACAGCGGGCCGCUGGGAAGGAGGUGCGGCCCUCCCAUGUCCAGUUUUCGGCCCCUCUGGCCCAGCACCAGGGCUACAUGCCCUACAUGCACGGACCUUAUGCCUAUGGCCAGGCUUACGAGCCUGGACACCCCGGAUACAGGGGGGUGCCCUCAGUUAUGAUGCAAAACUACCCUGGCUACCUGCCUGCCGGGUACUCCUUCUCGGCAUACGGGGCGAAGGCAGCGGCAGGUGAGGAAGGAGAGAAAGCAUCCCGUUCCAGCCCCACAGUUAAACCAGCAGGCGAGUCCAAGGCUCUAGACCUCCUGCAGCAGCAUGCCAGCCAAUACAAGAGCAAGUCACCGUCCGUCCCCGACAAGACGCCGCACGAGCGUGACAGGGAAGGCGAGCGCCCGCGCUCCUCGCCAUCCCAACGCAUCCUGCCCUCCCAUCAUCACCUGGGAUACCCGCUGCUGUCAGGACAGUACGACCUGCCCUAUGCCUCAGGACUGUCGUCCUCCGCCAUCGUCGCCAGUCAGCAGGCAUCGGCCCCGUCCAUGUACCCUCCUGCACGGAGGUGAGAAAGGUGCACCUGAUUAGCUGCCCCCACAGCCAUCCUCCCGCCUGGAGUCAUGUGACUGGAUCACACGAGGAAGCGUUGAUGACUCCACCCAGGGCCCAGGGCCCUGUGCUGUCUGGCUCCGCCCUCCCUGAUGGAUGCUUGAGGAGGACACUCGGUCCACCUCACCCACUGGUGUCCAUUUGGGCUGCCAGUGUGGUACUGAGUGGGCGCGGAGAUCAGACUGUUGUGGGGGAGGAAGAACAGGAUGACCACUUCCUGUCUCACAGCCACACCUAUUUUUAACGGCACAAUGGGGGUUUUUUUUGUUUGUUUUUUUAAUCCUUUAAUGACCUCUGACCUCCAGACUCGAUCGACCUCCUGCCCCCAUCAUCAGCGCAGCUCUGAGCGCCACAACAAAAACACUUGGACAGGCGACAUCAGGCUCCUCCUCCAGUGUGUAGCUGUACUGUAGUGUGUGUGUGUAUGCGCGUGUGUGUGUAAAUAGUGUACAGAGGAAUUAUUUUAAAGAGCCUGUUGGAUGCUGUUGCUUUCCUACUCUUCUUUUUGUCUGUUGCCUCUGUUUUUCUACUCUUGUUGAUCUCAUUAAACAUGUAGCUGGCCCAAUGGCGCCUCAGUUACUUCACACACACACACACACACACACACACUGUAAAUGAAUGUUUUUAAUUUUAAUAAAAGAUUAUAUUAUGUGCUGUAAAACAAAGUGUGAGCCCUCAGUAGUCUAAUGCUAUCAUCAUGCAUUUUAUUAAAAGGUGAUUUUCUCAGCAUACAUAGGAGU